AUGGAUGACUGGGAUACCGCAACCAAGAUCGGCAGCCGCGCUCGUGGCCCCGGCAAUGCUCAGCGAGAGACCGUCGUUCGAGGAAAGGCUGCUCUCAACGCUGCCCAACGAGCUGGAGGUCUCUCCACCGAGAAGAAGUACUCUUCUGCCAACGCCGGUUCCGCACCCGAGGGUCAACGUAUGACCAAGGUUGACCGUUCCGACGACAUCAUCAAGCCCAACACCAUCGGCAAGACUGUUGGCGACGUCAUCGCAAAGGCCCGACAGCAGAUUGAGCCCAAGAUGACCCAGAAGGAUCUCGCUACCCGCUGCAACACCACCCAGGCUAUCGUCGCCGAAUUCGAGCGAGGUAGUGCUGCACCUGACCAAAAGGUGCUCGGCGCCAUGGAGCGCGUGCUCAAUGUCAAGCUUCGAGGCACCGACAUUGGUGCUCCCAAGUUCCCUAACAAGAAGAAAUGA